GAUUUCAUGCCUCCGAGGUUUCCUUGUACUUUACGCAUUAGUAUACGUACUUACCCCCGGUGAUCGUUCAGCGCCCUUACUACCACUCCACGCCAUUAAUCGCACGAGAGCCUUUUGUUACCACUCAUACAACCCAGUCCUCUACCUCACAUUCGCCCCGCCAUGUUUCGCUUCAUGGGCUCCGAGUCCAGUGGCAAGGGUAAGCAGCGUCAGGAAGAUGCUGACCAGCAAGUUCAGGUGCACAUUCAAACUGAAGUCCACUCGAAUCCUCCUGAUGUGGAGCGCCAGGACUUCCAAGCUCUUGGCAGCACAUCCUCCCUCCCAGCCACGCCCUCAAACUCUAAGCGCCCGCUGCCUCCUGGGCUCCGCGUGCCGACGCACCCUUACCCAUAUUGGCACCACCAUACGCCGGCAUCGUCUUCCCAGAGCAGCCUCGAAUCACCUAGUACCCCUUCACAAGUGUCCUGGCUUGGAGGGACGGGAGGGUCCUCGGUUGCUCGUGCCGCAUCAUCGUCAGCACCGAAUCUUCUGCCUCACCAUUUCCCACCACCACCUCCCACUUCACCACCGGCAAAUGUUCCACGCCCGAGGUCCUUAAACCCCUCUAAGAGCUCGCAUUCAUUGCGAGUACCAGCGCAGGAAUACUUUGGGCAGCCACUCUCGCCAAUCGUUGAACAAGACUAUAUGUCACCUGAGAAGCGUCCCGUGUCACUGCCAAGCAGUAAUGAGGGCUCUGGUUCUCAAGCGAGUGGUACUACAGGCAUCAUGCUGACACCGAUCAGUCCCUCUAUGAUGACCCCGACGAGUGCAGUGACCAUGUUCGCACGCACAACGCCCACGCCAACCACACCAGUCGCUCCUCCGCAAUUUGCGAGGCGAAGAGAGGAUGAGCUUACGGGUGAUUCACCCCGUCCAUCGCCUGUAUAUUCGACUUUUCUGUCCCGCCCACUGAAUAGGUCCAUAAGUAUGUCAUCGACGAGGACACAUCAGUCUAACAACUCGUUAUUGGCAACACCGCCUGUUAUCCCUCCUCUUGACCUACGCCCAGCGUUUCCCGGACCCCUCCCCCAGGACACACUUUUGUCCCGGGAUAUCGAUGACGAAGGGUUAGGUAUUCUUGAUGAUGCAUCGAAACGCGAGAGCUUCGUCACAGCUCGAUCAGCUAUUGCGGCGCGGGAGAGCAGGUACUCUGCCAUGGUUCUGGACCUAGAUCAUGAACUCUUUAAUGAUCAGGAGGACCCAUCAAGUCAAUCCGCGGAGUCCUCUAAGCAUCCCCCAGAGCAUCAGCAGGAAAUCCCCCAGCUGCCUCCAGCAGCACACACCCAGCGACCGACAUCGCCAACCUCAACGUAUCCACCGUCGUACUCCCUUCCACAACCUAACGUAGACUAUCGGACCAAUCACGAUGGGGCCCAUACUCCGAGCCAGCGUGAUUCUGUCCGAUCGACAUCGUCUUCAUUCAUCGACCGUCGCUUUGCGGAGUCUGAGUUAUAUUUAGGGUCACACUCAGAAUGCUCUGACGCACGCCGGGCCAGCGAUAAAUGGGCCAAGAAGACUGAAAAAUCCGAUACAGCUCGGACGCUGUUCUGGGUUGGGUUUAUCGCCCCGUGGUGUUGGCUCAUUGGUGGAUGGCUGGUGAAAGCCAAGAAGAAUGAUAGCUAUGGCCGGAGCGGGAGCAUGAUACCUUUGUGGACGGGUAAGAGCGCACAGACCGUUGGCUCUUUUAAGAUGCAGCCGUUGCACCAUGGCUAUCCCUUUGUAGCGCCUUCGGUGCAGAGCCUAACGCCGCCAUCGUACUCACGAGCGGUGCAUUCUCGUGGCCCUUUUUUGGUCGCGAGGAGUCCGUGGAUUAAGAGGUGCAGAAUAGCUGCUGGUGUGAGUGGGAUUAUUAUUAUGCUUCUGUUCAUUGCUGCCCUGGUGGUAGUUGGGAGAAGCACUUGAGUCGACCUAAUGGACAAUUUCAUAAGAACCCCAUACCUCAUGUGUUCAUUGUGUUCUCAAAUCAUGUAGAAUGAACAACACGAUCAUUACAUUCUAUGAUCCUUCCAUUACUUACUUACCGUGACUCGGACAGAUUGUUGAAGAAUGUGACUUAGCCACUUGCUUAUACAACGAAGCUUUUGCCAA